UUAUUAGGUGUGUUGGUGAUUUCGUUGUAACUGGAUUUGAAGUUCGGUGUCUAUUUUCCGUGCUACCUGUCUCAUGGCAACCCAUUUUAAAGCCACAACCCCAAAGUGCGCCAGCGGAAUAGUGCCUGGCAACACCACCGCACUGUGCGCUGACUGCCUCUGGAUUAACGUCGUUUUACAGCGGUGUCAGGAUUACACAACUCUCAAGAGCCACAUCAAGACAUGGGGUGGGCCACUGACAUCAGAGAAGCCUGAAGUACAGAGCAGUUUGAUGUAAAUGAAUGUAGAGCUGGACAACAUCUGUCUGAAUGAUGCAUUUUACUUCUCCAAAGAUUUUAUUCUAAGCACCAAGAGCAGAGCAGCCAUUACCCUUCAGUGCAUCACUUGAAUAGAAAUAUGGACACCAUCAAUGGAGGGAAUUUAACUCAACAUGUCCAGGAACUAUGAGCCUGGUCACUCAGUAGGGAUGUUGGCUGCUGUGGAACAUGGUCCCAUCCUUUGCAGCGACUCCAACAUCCUCUGCCUCUCGUGGAAAGGCAGGGUCCCCAAGAGUGAAAAGGACAAGCCAGUGUGCCGGAGGCGGUACUAUGAGGAGGGCUGGCUCGCCACGGGGAACGGAAGAGGAGUUGUUGGGGUGACGUUUACAUCGAGUCACUGCAGGAGGGACAGAAGCACACCUCAGAGAAUCAAUUUUAACCUGCGAGGACACAACAGCGAGGUUGUCUUGGUGCGUUGGAAUGAACCCUUUCAGAAGCUGGCCACCUGCGAUAUGGAAGGAGGUAUUUUUGUGUGGAUCCAGUAUGAAGGAAGAUGGUCGGUAGAGUUAGUGAACGACCGAGGAGCCCAGGUGAGUGACUUCACGUGGUCGCAUGAUGGCACUCAAGCCCUCAUCGCGUACCGUGAUGGCUUUGUGUUAGUCGGCUCGGUCAGCGGACAAAGACACUGGUCCUCUGAGAUUAACCUGGAGAGUCAAAUCACCUGUGGCAUCUGGACACCUGAUGAUCAACAGGUCUUGUUUGGUACAGCAGAUGGCCAGGUGAUAGUGAUGGACUGUCACGGACGAAUGCUUGCCCAUGUUCUGUUACACGAGUCUGAUGGGAUCGUGAGCAUGUCGUGGAACUGCCCCGAUUUCCUGGUCGAGGACAGCACAGAGAGCGACACGGACUCUGAUGACAAUAUUCUGCCUUUUGUGCGAAGAGUCAAGCCAUUGUUGACAGUCACCUUCCUAUCAGGAGAUAUCAGUUUAAUGAACAACUAUGACGACCUCUCUCCUGCCGUGAUUCGCUCAGGGCUGAAAGAUGUUGAGGCCCAGUGGUGCUCCCAGGGAGACCUCCUUGCUGUGGCCGGCAUGGAGAGACAUGGGCUUCCUGUCGACUCUAUUAUGAGAAACGCCCUUGUUAAGUUCUAUAAUGUCCAAGGGGAGCACAUCUACACUUUGGAAACACCGGCACAGAGACCCAUCACCACCAUCUGUUGGGGUCACAGAGACUCUCGUUUGUUCCUUGCAUGUGGACCAGCACUGUAUGUGGUGCGUGUGGAGCACAGGGUGGCCAGCCUCCAACUUUUAUGCCAGCAGGGCAUCGCCAGCGCCCUGCGCGAGGAGAAAGAUGUGGGGAAACUGAACAUGCCCUCGCUGCUCUGCUCUUAUGUCACCACUGCUUUUAUACCCACAAUCAAGCCCCCAAUCCCUGACCCCAACAACAUCCGUGACUUUGUCAGCUAUCCCACAGCUGGGAAUGAGAGGCUCCACUGCACCAUGAAGCGAGCAGAGGACAGCCCUGAGACCGGCGGACCCUGCUACACUCUCUACCUAGAAUAUUUAGGAGGACUGGUGCCCAUUCUCAAAGGAAGGCGCAUUAGUAAACUCCGGCCUGAGUUUGUCAUUAUGGAUCCAAAAAUGGACAGCAAAGCAGAGGAGGUGUGUGUGAAUCCCAUGAUCUCAUACACUGACAGCUGUAACUGCUCUGACUCCAGUGACAUUGAGUUGAGUGAUGAGUGGGUCGGGAAGAGGUCACCAAAGUUUUCCCGAGGAAACAGGAUGAACAUGGAAUCUAGAAAAUCUCCCAAACUUUCGCGCACCAAUCAGGAAGGCCAACGGUCGCCACGGUUACCAACAAAGAAGCCUCCAGUUCGCUCUCCCAGUCUGACACGUCGAGAGUUUUCUAUGGAUGGGAUCACAGAGCACAACUACCUAGCUCAAGUCACAUCCAACAUUUGGGGGACAAAAUUCAAAAUUGUUGGACUUGCUUCUUUUCUUCCUGCCAAUCUUGGUGCAGUCAUCUAUAAGACAAGUCUGCUACAUCUACAACCGAGACAGAUGACAAUCUACCUUCCAGAAGUGCGCAAGAUUUCUCAUGACUUUAUGAGCCUGCCUGUGUUCAACCACAAUGUGUUCAGUGAGGAUGAGGAUGACUUACCAGUGAUGGGGCCAUCUGGAGUGGCAGGAGAAAAUCCUCCCUGUACAGUCAACAUUCCCAUUGCUCCCAUCCACAGCCCGGCUCAGGCAAUGUCUCCAACUCAGAGUAUCGGCCUGGUUCAGUCUCUUCUGGCCAACCAGAACAUUCAGCUUGAUGUCCUGACCAACCCUACAGCCACGGCAGCAGCUGCAGCUGCGGCGGCAGCAGCUUCUGUCCCUGUUACUGAUCACGGGCAGGACGCGGUUCCAACGCCGUAUCCCAUGCCAACUACAUACCCGAACCCUGGUCAAGCCAUCUUCAAUGGGCUGGAGAUGGGUCCUCUUCUCCCUGGCACUCUUCCUCCCCCACCUCCACCUCACCAUCUCCCACCGCAGCCUCACCCGCCGCGCUCUCAUUCGCAGCAGCCUCGUCAACUGCCGUCCAAACAGUCCCAACAAAUGCAGACACAGCCGCAGAAAAUGCAUCACCAUCAACAGCAGCAGCAACAACAACAACAACAACAACAACAACAACAACAACAACAACAACAACAACACCAUCAUCAGUCCCAAUCACAGCAGCAGCAGCAACAGCAGCAGCAGCAGCAGCAGCAAUUACAGCAACAGCAGCAGCAAUUACAGCAGCAGCAGCUCCAGCAGCAACAUCAACAGCUCCAGCUGCAACAGCAACAGCUCCAGCAACUGCAGACGCUCCAUCAGCAGCAGCAGCAGCAACAUCAGCAGCACCAGGUCCAGCAGCAACAACAAAUCCAACAGAACCCCACGCACCAACAGCUGCACCACCAACAGCAGAUCCAGCAGCAGCAGCAGCAGAUGCAGCUGCAGCACGAGCAGAUGCAGCAGCAGCAGCAGCAGAUGCAGCAGCAGCAGCAGCAGAUCCGCCAGCAGAUCCAGGAGAUGAGGCAGCAGCAGCAGCAGCUCCAGCAGCAGCACCAACAGAUCCAGCAGCAGCACCAACAGAUGCAGAGGCAGCACCAGCAGAUGCAGCAGCAGCUGAAGAUGCAGAUGACGCUACCGCCUCCUCCGUCUGGCUAUCCAACUAUUUCGCUACACCAGAUUCAUCUCCUGCCUCCUCCUCCGACCACGGAGCCGGGGUUCGCCAGGGGGGAGCACGGACACACCCUUAAGCCGAGUCUGCCGCGGACUUUACCCCCCUUCAGUGAUAUGGAUGGAUCUGUUGAGAUUCACAUGAGGAAGGUGAAUCCUCCUCCUCCAUACCCGGGCACCGUGGUGUCCGCGGCGACCGCUACAGCCGUCGCCACGCCUCAAACUCUCGUCACAAACUGUGACAGCCCGAGCGUCCUGUCGCCGGAGCUCUGCCUGAAGAAGGAUGAGUUUUUGCUUCACCCUGUCACUUUACAGUACCCGACUCCUCUGGGGUAUGAAAGGAUCACAACCUUUGACAGCAGUGGCAACGUGGAGGAGGUUUGUCGGCCCCGCAGGCGCCUCGUUCGCAACCAAAAUGCGUACGCUGUUCACGGCUCGGCCACGCUCAAAGUCACUUCCUCUGAGAAUAAAAAAAUUCAGCUUCCCUACAGCUCAGCAACACUGAGUCGUCUCUCUGUCCCUCGCUACUCGAUACCUAGCGGAGACCCUCCUCCUUACCCUGAUCCGGCUAAUCAAGUAACUGCUACACUUCCUCCUCCCCAGAGAAUUGAUAGCAGUCUGAUUCAUGCCACGCUACGUCGUGACCGCAGGGACGUGGGACUUAAAGUGCCACAGAUGAUGGAGAGCUCAAGAACCCUGCCCACCAAGGCUAAAAUGAACAGUGCACUAGCACUUACCUACCAGCAGAGGGUGCCCACUGCAUUGUACACAUGCACACAGUGCAGCAGUAACAGCAGCAGCACCAGUGUCAGCGUUAGUGGCGGCGGGACCACAAGUAGUGGCAUUGCAGGUGGCACGGUGGUGAGGCAGGACUUCCCACCAGGGAAAGGAGCACAUCACAGUACCAUUAUCGUGCACUCCAAAAGUACCUCGCCCAUGUCCUCCCAGUCGUCUUACAGUCUGCUGAGUGCUGUCGACAACAGCAGGGACAGAACAGUGUACGUUAACUCUGCCUUCACGGAAGAUGAGACUUUAAAUCAGCAGUGUCACCUUGAGAAAUCUGUGCGUCAGCUGACUCUCGGUGAUGUCAGUUUGACAGUUAAACGCCCUCCGCCUUACCAGUGGGACACCUCCACCACCGAGGAGUUCUGGCUCACUCCGGAACAAACAAUGCUAGGCCCUCCACCAGGACCUCACAAACCGCCUCCACUCAUCAUCAGUCAAGCUCAGCACUUGGACAUGACUCGGCUGCCGUUUGUCCUCACGACUAAACCUCCAACCAGUCAGACCACGAGCACUCUGACUUUCCCGUCAGGUUACCAGAUAUCUCUCUCGCCUUUUCCUCCGAGCGUGGGCCACAGCGGUUCUCCACUUCAGACCUUGCAGAACCCUUCACCUCAGUGCUCUCCAAAUGAAGCGGUUGGUUCGGUCCCUUUUGCUCAGCAGGAAUCCAACUUGGUCUUGCCACCAGGCUAUGCUCCAAGUCUUGCUAACUUGGCCUGCUGCCCUCUCCCUCCGAUGUAUCCAGGCGCCAGCUCAUGUGCUGGACUUCAGCUGCACCCCGUCAGCCUUCACCCCUGGAACCCUUACCCCUGCCCGCCUCCCAUGCAGGACCCUCCAGCACCUCCCCUCCCUACCAAAACUCAUCAGAUCUUAGAGAAGCCCAUUCUCUCCCCGCCCCCUCCUACUGGGCCACCCCCACCACCCCCUCUCCCCCCUCCUCCUCCACCUACUGAGCUACCACCAUCCAAAAGUGCCGCAGAAGAUCUAGCGGAGUCUGCCAACAACUUUCUGGAGCCAUCAUCCCUGAAUGAAAGCCCUGUGCCGCAGGAGUCCGAGCGCUUCAACAAGAAGAGCCGCAAAAGACUGGACAGCAGGGCCGAGGAAGCCAACAUGCCCACUGUCUCCGAGGGCAAAUCUAGAAAGGAAGGGCGUGCUCUCUCUGACUUCAACACUCUCAUUUCCAGCCCAAGGCUCGGCAGCAGAGAGAAGAAGAAGCCCAAGGGGCAGAGAGAGCAACUCAAUAAAACCAAGAAAAUGAGCAGGACCACAAAUGAGUUCCAGGAUAGCUCAGAGAGCGAGCCGGAGCUGUUUAUUAGCGGCGAUGAGCUCAUGAACCAGAACCAGAGUAGUAAGAAGAGCUGGAAGAACAAGCGAAGCCUGCGUAUGGCGAGUGAGCUGGAGGAGAUAAAGUGCCGCAAGGCAAAUGAAAGAGAGGACCGUAGUUUGGGAAGCCAAGGGUUUGUUUAUGUUAUGGCCAAUAAACAGCCAUUGUGGAAUGAAGCCACCCAGGUCUACCAGCUUGAUUUUGGAGGACGAGUCACACAGGAGUCUGCAAAGAAUUUUCAAAUUGAGCUGGACGGUAGACAGGUGAUGCAGUUUGGGCGAAUUGAUGGGAAUGGCUAUAUCUUGGAUUUCCAGUAUCCGUUCUCAGCAGUGCAGGCAUUUGCUGUUGCCUUGGCCAACGUGACUCAAAGGCUGAAGUGAAAAGGUUUUGUGCUGUUGUAGACCAAUUCAAAAGAAAGCACAAUGAUCUAGCACCCCGAUGUGUGGGGCUAAAGCUGGGAAUGUCAGUGUUGUGGCGCUUCUUUUUAACAUACAAGGUGGUGUUGCACAUGCAGACAAUUUACAAUCAGUCUGUUGAAGGCAAUGUCAGUCUUGGUCAGUGGUCAUGGAGACUACACCAGUUACUUCAUCAUUUCUAGUUCAUAUGUUGAAUGUACUUAAGCUAAUUUUACUUAGUAUUCAAUGUAAAAAAUGUCAACCUUCCCUUGAUAAACAAAGGGUUAACUGAGUACAUGUUGGAAUGGAUUUUAAAAGCAUUGUGAAGGUUUGGUGCCAUGGUGCCAUUUUCCAAAGGACUGCUUAUUCAAUGUAUUUCAAAUUAAUAAAAAAAAAAAAAAAUUGAUGUUAAUAAAAAUAUACACAGCAAAUACCUACAUUGUUAGGAAGGAUUGCAUUCAAAAUUACAAAUGCAUUUUCACAAAGCCAUACCAUAUAUGAUAAAAACACUGCAUUCAUUUAAGUCAAGUACUUAAAAAUGUAUAAGGUUCUAUUAUGUAUAUCAAACUGAUUGUUAAUGCGUGUUUCCGAUACCUUUAUUUGUAUAUUUAUUCUUAAUUCCAAUCCCGUUUGUUUGAGGCAAUGAUUAGAUUUUUAUGUUUGCUAAAUGUCCUCUACAUUAUGUUCAAAUUGCUUAACAUGCAAUCGAAGAAUAUAAUGAUUCUGCAACUGCAACAUUAAGAGUUGACCACAGUUUAUAUCAUAGUUUGUGUAUUUUUUAUUCAUGAUACUUCCGUGAAGUGGUGCAAUGAACAUAGCAAAUCAUAUUAUUUUGGCCACUAUACUGCAAAUCAUUCAGUCAGAGCCGUUAUGAUCUGACAAUGUAUUUUUCAUUUUUUCAUGUGUAAAUAAAUGUACAUGUCCCUUUACCUUUCCAAAACUCCCCUCUACAAUUGUGAGCUAAUAACUUUAUAACUUUAUGUGUGCCAAAUAGUCAAAUGCAUUUGGCUGAAAGUAAGUUAGUGGGGAAGAUUGUACAAAAUGGCCUCUCAGAGAAUCUCAGACUUGGUUGGCUCUGUUGUUUUCUUUGGGUGUUUAUGAUGCUACUACAUCAGUAGUUUGCCUCGUUGGAAAUCAGUGCUGCUUUAGAUAGAUAGAUCGAUAGAUAGAUCGAUAGAUAGAGCUUGUGUGCAAUAAUGCUACCUACAUAGAACUGAUGUUGUACUUGCAAAGGAAAAUGCAAAGCUGCUUGCAAUGUGUAUUUUAGUAAAUGACUUAUCAUUAUAUGCUUAGAAAAGUGUGCCUAUAUGUUGCUCAUUUCAGUAAUUUUGUAAUUCACCUUUGCUUUAACAUGGUACAGAGAGUUUUUUGAUGUUACACUCGUAGAAAAAAAGGGUAUUAGAUACAACAUAUUCAAAAAUUGUUAAGAUUACCUGUAAGUAGGAGUGAGAUUAAUGUAGAUUUGGUGCUAAUGUAUAAAGAAACAAAGGUAGAAAUGUCUGGACAUGUGCCAUUUGGUAAAAGAAGGUUGUUUUGAAGUAUAUGAAGAAAGUAUUUUGAGGGAGGCUACAGACAAUUUUCAUUUCAGAGCUUUUCAUUUAAUGCAGCUUCAGAGAUUUCAGCGACAGUGUGUGUGUGUCAGUUAUCAGCAAUACUGCCUAAUGAAUAGUUGGUUGCCUGAUUUUUUUUCUCUCUCUUAUUUUGUGAAGGAAACAAAUAUGAUGUGACCAUAGGUUUACAUGGACCUAUAGGCUGGCCAAAAUGUAAUAAAAAAACAUUGUUCCAAA